UGUAGCUCAGUGGUAGAGCUUGCUUAGCAAACACAAAGCCCUGGGUUCGAUCACUAGUACUGCACAAAAAACAAACAAAAAAAGGCUUCAAUUCUGAUUUAAGGACCAAAACAAAGAAGCCUCAUGAGCGGUCAGGAUUGGAGCCAAGAAAGGCAUGGAGGGAGCAGCACAAGAGCUCAAGCAGAUGUGGAGCGGAGGAAGAGCCCCGUGUGUGGCUUCGUGACCCCCCUGCAGGGGCCUGAGGCUGAUGAGCACAGGAAACCAGAGGCUGUCGUCCUGGAGGGGAAUUACUGGAAGCGGCGUAUCGAGGUGGUGAUGCGUGAAUAUCACAAGUGGCGAAUCUACUACAAGAAGCGGCUCCGUAAAUCCAGCAGGGAAGGAGAUCUCCUGGCCCCCAAGCAGGCCGAAGAGGGGUGGCCGCCACCAGAGCGAUGGUGCGAGCAGCUUUUCUCCAGUGUGGUGCCCGUGCUGCUGGGGGGCCCCGAGGAGGAGCCCAGUGGGCGGCAGCUCCUGGACUUGGAUUCCUUUUUGUCCGAUAUCUCUGACACCCUCUUCACCAUGACACAGCCUGGCCCCCCCCCUCUGCAGCUGCCCCCUGAGGAUGCCUAUGUCGGUAAUGCAGACAUGAUCCAGCCAGACCUGACGCCCCUGCAGCCCAGCUUGGAUGAUUUCAUGGAGAUUUCAGAUUUCUUCAGCAACUAUCGCCCCCCACAGAUGCCUACGUCUUCAAACUUCCCAGAGCCACCCAGCUUCGGCCCCAUGGCUGACUCCCUCUUUGGCAGUGGAAUCCUUGGUCCAGAAGUGACAUCUCCCACCUCCUCUGGCAUGAGCCACCUCUCAGGACUUAACCGCCAGCAGGCUCGAAGCAACUGUCCUGGCCCCAUGGACUCCAGUGCCUUCCUGAGCUCUGAUUUCCUCCUUCCUGAAGGCUCCAAGCUCAAACUUCCACCCCCUCCUCCACCCCUGCCCCUCCUCCCAUACCCUACCCCAACUAAAGGGCUGCCAGAACCCUGCACGCCAUCCUCCUUCCCUCCCAUGGCUCCACCCCCAGCUUUGGUGCCAGAAGAGCCUCUCUUCUCUGCCAGGUUUCCCUUCCCCACAGUCCCGCCUGCCCCAGAAGUGUCCCCGCUGGCAGCUCCAGCAGCCUUCUCUCCCACCCUACAGCCUGCCCCAGGUCCUGCCCCCACUGCCUUCACCCCCUUCCCCAUAGACCCUCUGCCUUCGGGGUACCCGGAGCCAGCCUUUGGGCCUCACUUCGCAGUGUCUCAGGGUAUACACCCCAGAGGCAAACUGCCCACCCCAUGUCCUAGGGGACGGAAAGCCAGUCCCCCUACCUUGGCCCCUGCCACCACCAGUCCCAGCAACCCCUGCCUCACACAGCUGCUCAGAUCAGGUGAGACAGAGAGGGUGAGGACCAGCCCUGGAAGGGGAGCCAUGGGAACAGAGGGCAAGCCUGAGCAAGCUUUGGACCCACUGCAUGUGCCCAGCGCCCUCCUCCGGUCCCCAGGGUCUCCGCAGGAGACAGUCCCUGAAUUCUCUCGUGCCUUCUUUUCCCCAACUCCGGCCCCUGCACCACCUGGGCCACCUCCCCCCAGCCCGGUCACUCUGGCUCCUCCCAGGCCCUUGGUUGUUCCCAAAGCUGAACGCCUCUCACCGCCAGCACCCAGCGGCAGUGAGCAGCGGCCGUCAGGGGAUGUCAACUCCAUCCCAAGCCCCGGGGCACUGAGCACCCUAAGCCGGGGCCGUCAGGACAACAACAAGACCGAGAAUCGGCGCAUCACACACAUCUCAGCCGAGCAGAAGAGGCGUUUCAACAUCAAGUUGGGAUUUGACACCCUCCAUGGGCUUGUGAGCACACUCAGCGCCCAGCCCAGUCUCAAGGUGAGCAAGGCCACCACGCUGCAGAAGACGGCAGAAUACAUCGUAAUGCUGCAGCAGGAACGGGCAGCCAUGCAGGAGGAAGCCCAGCAGCUGCGGGACGAGAUAGAGGAGCUCAAUGCUGCCAUCAACCGGUGCCAGCAGCAACUGCCAGCCACAGGCGUGCCCAUCACACAUCAGCGCUUUGACCAGAUGCGAGACAUGUUUGAUGACUACGUCCGGACCCGCACACUGCACAAUUGGAAGUUCUGGGUAUUCAGCAUCCUUAUCCGGCCUUUGUUUGAGUCCUUCAAUGGAAUGGUGUCCACUGCAAGCUUGCACAGCCUCCGCCAGACCUCACUGGCCUGGCUGGACCAGUACUGCUCCCUGCCUGCUCUCCGGCCAACUGUCUUGAACUCCCUCCGCCAGCUGAGUGCCUGCACCAGCAUCCUGACCGACCCAAGCCGCAUGCCUGAGCAAGCCACACGGGCAGUCACCGAGGGCACCCUGGGCAGACCCCGACCGUUAUAGUCCUGGCAGACCCUCCCAAGGUUCAUGGAUGUCUUCUGGGCACUUCCUUUCUGUCCCUUUACAAAGGGUUAAAGAGCCACACUCCCGUCCCUGCUCUGCCACUAACACUGUGACGCUGGGCAACGUGUACCCCAUCUUUUGACCUCCAUUUCCCAGUCAGCAAAAUGGGAGCAGGGGAGGAGGCUCCAGCAACAGAGGACCCAAGGCCUUCAGUUGCUGUGUCACUGUAGACGUAAGCAGGACACUCAGGGAACUCAGAAAAGGGAAGAAGAUGAGCCUUUUUCCCUGUCCCUUCUGCCUGGGGGCAGAGAAGGAGGUCCGUGCUGUCCAUUCCUGUGCUGUGCUGUGAAGGCUGCAUGGUGGCUUCCCCGGGUGAGCCCAGGGAGGUCUGCCACCUGGAAAGACCAGGACAGGCAUCUUGUGUGUGUGUGGAUGUGUGUGCGUGAAUUUUGUAAAGAAUUCUUGACCAAUAAAAGUAAAAACUGUGUGCUGCUGUGUGAUUGUGGAAAGUGGCUUUGUACAAGGCUCUGCAGGACACAAAAUCAUCUUUGCUUUUACUUUGAGAUGGAUGGAAAGUGCUGGAAGGUUUUGGGUGGAGAUGGGACAAGACUAGAUGAAAAAUUUUUGUCUGAUCAUGUUUUUGAAAUGGGAUUUCACUAUGUAUCUCGGGCUGGCCCCAAGCUCACUAUGUAGCCCAAGCUGGACUUGAGCUUGUAAUCUUCCUGCCUCAGCCUCCCAAGUGCUGAAUUACAGUCAUGUGCCACCACACCCACUACAUUAACUCAUUUACUCCUCACAACACCUGCCUCAUCAGCCUAUUGCAAGGAUUUAAGAAUAAAUAUAAACCAGGCAUAGUGGUGACCCAUAUAGCCCCAGCCACUCAGGAUGCCGACACAGGAGGAUCACUUGAGCCCAGGAGUUCAAGGACAGUCUGGGCAUACUGCAA